GUGCAGGCCACGCCGGUAGACGCCUGCUUUCAUCUCGUCGCAAUGGCAGCAAGACGGCUCGUUGACGCCGCAAAGCUCUUCCACGCAGCCAGAGGCGUCGCCAACCGCCAUGUUGCCCUCCGAUCCAGCCAGUGGGAUGCCUACACCAAGACGUCGUCGCUAGCCAAGGCUGUCAAGAGCCAGACGGACCGUGUCACCCUCACCGCAGCCGCUGCCAUUGCCCUCGCCCAGCGCUUCAAUGAAGAAGUCCCGUCGUACGCAAAAGCCGCAGCAGAACGAGCAACACGCACGCAAUGGACGCCCCACACGCAGCAUGCCCAGCCUGGAGACAUCCCGAGGAGAGAUACGGUUAAGAAGGAUCAGAGUGAGCCACGGUAUGUGAAAGAGGGCAUCGAGCAGGAUCACCACUAUGACCGCUCGGGGCAGAACACGGCCGAUACACCACCGCCGGCCGAAGAGCUGCAAGUAGAGCAGAAAGACGCUCCGAGAUCGCCGUUACCCGACGGCACGAUACCCACGAAUGGAUUAACACUGGAACACGAGGAAAAAGGAAAGGAUACGUUUUCUGACAGGCCAGGGCAUGAGACACCCAAGGAUCCUCUAGUCCAGGAUCACGACAAGGGAAUCAAGCCGGUCGAGUCCACAGAGACGACUAUACCGCUACCGGGGCAGCCAAGGGGUGGUUCUACUCAAAACAAUCAAUUCCAGGCGGCCCCCACGCCGGGCCGGGUCGAGGAUGAGAUACCAGAAGGCAUAAAUACCGAUGUGUUUCAUUCAAAACGCGUGGCAAAGAUGCUGGGGAGCGAUCCUUUUUCACGCAAGGAAUAUGCAGAACGUAAGAGUAGUGGCAGGCAUCCGCUUGAUGACAGGCCUGUAGGAAGGCAUCCACUUGACGACAGACCUAUAGGAAGACAUCCGCUUGAUGAUCGGCCCUUGUCUUCAAUACAAAAGUCAAUAUCCUCAUCGCCACCAAGGUCACAAAAUAGAAUGCAACCCGAGACUACCCCCAAGGAAAUGGAGGAGCUUGCGUCUCGGCUUGCUCCGGAUACCCAGGCCCAUGCAACUGCAUCCGAGACCCUCGGCGAGGUAACGUCAGAGCCAGAAAAGGCGCCCUAUGUUCUACGAGAAUCAAGGGUUCCUUCAUCACGGUUUGGUCGUAUCUGGCAGUAUGCCGGACUGGGCACAAGCAUGGCUCUCGGGGCUGUUGGAGAAGGCUUUCGUCGUGCGACCGGCAGUGCUGCAUCGACUACCGGUUCCCUCAUGCUGAGCGAGAGGAACCUGGAAAUACUGGUAGCAAAGUUAUCGCGCAUGCGAGGUGCGGCUCUUAAGCUUGGCCAAAUGAUCAGCUUCCAAGACAUCAAGAUGCUUCCCCCUGCAAUCCACGAUGUCCUGCAGAGAGUUCAGGAUAGUGCCGACUACAUGCCAGCCUCGCAAAGAAACAAGGUCCUGAGCAGUAACCUUGGCGACAACUGGCGCGACCUCUUCGAGUCAUUUGAAGACAUUCCCAUAGCAGCAGCCUCGAUUGGCCAGGUCCAUAAAGCAGUACUCAAGUCUACCGGUCAAGCAGUGGCGGUCAAGGUACAAUACCCUGGCGUUGCCAAUUCCAUCGACUCCGACCUUAGUAACCUCUCCAUCCUCCUAACAGCGUCCCGUCUCCUACCCAAAGGUCUCUACCUCGACAAAACCAUUGCCAAUGCACGCACCGAGUUGGGUUGGGAGUGCGACUACACACGCGAAGCAGAAUGUCAAACUCGCUUUCGCGAACUCCUCAAGGAUGACACUGAUGUCUUCACUGUGCCCAAAGUUUUUACUGAAGCCUGCGGUCCUACCGUUCUUACCGCUGAACUGAUGCACGGCGUGGGCGUUACCAAACUCAAAACCCUCACCCAGGACCAACGAGACUGGAUUGGUACGCAAAUCCUUCGCCUCUGUCUGCGUGAAAUUGUCGAAUUCAAAUUCAUGCAAACCGAUCCCAACUGGACAAAUUUCCUGUACAACGCCAAGGCCCAGAAGAUUGAACUGCUGGACUUUGGCGCCAGCCGCGACUAUCCCGAUAAAUUCGUCGCGCCCUACGUGGAAGUCCUAAUCGCAGCUUCCAAGGGCGACCGAAACUCAAUCCGCGACCUCUCCCUCCAACUCGGCUACCUAACUGGCUCCGAGAGCCGCGCCAUGCUCGACGCCCACAUCGACAGCGUUCUCACGCUCGCCGAACCCUUCAACUCCAGCGGGCCUGCCGUCUACGACUUUAGAAACCAAACCAUUACCGAUCGUGUGCGCGGCUUCAUUCCCGUCAUGGUCAAGGAGAGACUCGCACCCCCGCCAGAGGAAACGUAUAGCUUGCAUCGCAAACUCAGUGGUGCGUUUUUGCUCUGUGCUCGCCUGGGCUCCCGCGUCCCGUGUAAAGACUUGUUUGAGAAUGCCGUGCAGACGUGGCGUUUGACGAGAUGA